AUGGGUGACUACUCGAAAGCACUUGAAUUUUACGAAAAAGCACUUAAAAUCGGCGAAAAAGCUCUGCCUCCGAAUCAUCCCGAUUUGGCCACUUCCUACAACAACAUCGGUGGAGUGUAUAAGAACAUGGGUGACUACUCGAAAGCACUUAAAUUUUACGAAAAAGCACUUAAAAUAAGAGAAAAAGCUCUGCUUCCGAAUCAUCCCGAUUUGGCUGCUUCCUACAACAACAUCGGUACGGCGUAUUUCGGCAAAGGUGACUACUCAAAAGCACUCUCAUUCUUAGAAAAGGCACUUUCUAUCUGGCAAAAAUCACUUCCACCUAAUCAUCCUAAUAUUAAAACAGCUAAAAACUCAAUUGACAAUGUAAAAAAGAAAAUGUAA